AUGAUUCGAAUCGUUGAUGCCAGUGAAAAAUAUGGUGAGGGUCAGCAAAUGAUUGUAGCUGCUGAACCUAUUGCUGCUGGUGAAAAAAUUUGGUGGUGCCCUUGCAGUGAUGAUGGCUUUAUUUUGUCACGUGAUGAAAUUCUUCAUUUGAUUGAACUUCAACCUCAUUUAAGAAAUUUUCUUUGUUGGUAUUCACAUAUGACUGAAGAUGAUACGUAUGUAAUACCACGUACAUUUGCUACGCAACAACACGAUGAUGAUGAAUGUGUUUUAUUUAAUCAUUCGUGUGAACCCAAUUGUGGUUUCGAUUCCGAUUAUGGGCAAACUAUUGUAGCUAUGCGAUCCAUUAGUAUUGGUGAAGAAUUAACAUAUGAUUAUAGUUUUCUUGAAACUGAAUCAUCAUUAAUUCGCGGUCUAGUAUGUGAAUGUAACACACCAUCAUGUGUUGGUACACUCAUGUUUGAUCGAUAUCGUGAUGAAGAAUUUCAAAAACGUUUUUAUCUAUACAUGUCACCAUAUUUACAAAGACGUGUGCGAGAAUUAAAAACCAAAUGGUAUUCAACAAAAUGCUUUACACGCUCGGCAACAGAUGAAAAAAGAAAAUCUUUACAUGCAUUAGAAUGGAUACAAGCUGGAGAAAUUGUUGCACGUUUUUCAGGACCCAUCGAUAUUGAUAACCAUUUUAUAGCAAAAGCUAGUAAAUCGGAAGCAACAUGCAUGGUUGAUGCACAUAAACAAGUUAUUUCUUUAUAUGAUUUGCCACCACAAUCAGAAAUUACUUUGAAUUAUCAUGGAAAACUGUUGUAA